CAUUGGCAAUGAGUGAGAUCGUCUAGACGCACUUGACACCCUCGGGUAGGGAACGCCGUCUGGCUCUCAAGACGCCUUUCACUCCGCGGGAUAGUCGAGAACGCCAUGAAGAGCUCGCAAAUUUCGUCAAGCCUGAAGACCCUGGGAUUUUGAGAAGGCAUGGCCAGCUGUCUAGAUUUUCGUCCUUAUCCACGCUGUCUCCUUGCCUGAUCUGAUCUGAUCCCUUGAGGUUCUCCCUUGGCAACUCCUGGACACCCUUUUGGGACACAAAGACCUAAUCCCAUCCCUUUACAGCGCGGUCUAAUUCUCAGGACAUGGCUGAGCGUAUGUGGAUGGGAGGAUAGCGCCCCCCCAACCCCCUCCCAUUAACCAUAGCCACUGUUUCACCCUAUCCCUUAACAACCGCCCUGCUUCACAGAGCUCAGCAUAGGCCCCAAAAACUGGAGUGUCUUGGCUCAAACCCAAAUAUCUGAUACUAAACCCUAACACUGUCACUCAGCCUGGCACCGGUGACCUCUACCUGGAGUCGUGAGCGAGUCUGGGUUUUGAAGCCCUCGAUGCGUAGAGGAUCUGGGAUGGCAAAGAGAGUGGCGUCACGCCCCAGCAGACACCCCCCACCCACUCGGACUGGUUAACGCUGCGAUCAGAGGCAUUACUGCGAGGGCAGUAUGCAGGCAGCUGACCAUCCGGCCACAAAUACUUUAACAGAGUGCAAAUUUGAGGAGCACUGUCCUGCCGUGACCCCGCCUCCCGCCACCCUUGAAUCUGAACUGGAGUUUCAGAUAAUAAUCAUAAUUGUGGUGAUGACCGUGAUGGUAGUUGUGAUCAUCUGCUUGCUGAACCACUACAGGCUCUCAGCCUGGGCCUUCUUCACACGACAGAGUCAGGCCCGACGCCGGGAAGAGGCAAUGCAGCCGGAGGGGUGCUCAUGGCCGACGGACAGUCUGGUGGCACAACAAGGAGCCACUGAGGUGAUGUACGGGCCGCGUACGCAGGAGCGCUUCAACCCGCCCUCCUUUAUGCAAAGGGACCGAUUCUGCCGCUUCCAGCCCACCUACCCCUACCUGCAGCAGGACAUCGACCUGCCGCCCACCAUCUGUCUGUCGGACGGCGAGGAGCUGCCUCCCUACAAGGGGCCCUGCACCCUGCAGCUGCGUGACCCCGAGCAGCAGCUGGAGCUGAGCCGAGCCUCGGUGCGCGCGCCCCCCAACCGGACCAUUUUCGACAGCGACCUCAUAGACGUUUACGUGCACGGUGGAGGCGGGGGCACGGGCCCGCGGCCCCCCAGCAGCAACUCGGGCAAGAGCGCCUCCAGCGCCCGCAUGGAGGGUCCGCCGCCCACCUACAGCGAGGUCAUGGGUCAGAUGCAAGGUCAAGGGUCGUCCGCCUUCCUCCACCAGCACAGCAAUAACGCGCCGCCCUCCGCCCAGCGAAACGCCACCACGCCCACGCCACAGCCUCCGCCGCCGGCGGUUGUGGGCAUCCGAGUCGGGCACCAGCAGACUGGUAGCAGCAGCGUAAGCACAACGGUGCCCGGCAAGGCAAAGGAUAGCCAACGGGACUGAUCCCUUCCUUUCACUCCCACAAACAAACAAACAGACAAAACAAACAAACAAACACACACGCACGCAUAUAUACUCCCAUACAAACAUGUGGCGGUGAGAGACACAGGGAGGCAGAGAGAGUGGGGAAAAACUGAGAAAGAAAAAUGAAAGCGAGAGAGCGAGGGAGACUGAAGGAGAGAGAGCGAGCGAGCAAGACGUGGCACUCUCUAAGACUGCCCCCUCCCCAGCGCUCCCCCUUGCACAAUAUGAACAGAAUCGAGGAACCAAGCUUACAAAUUAUUAUUUUUUGUAUGUUUCUCUUUUUUUGCUAGAAACUGUGGGCCUUGUGUGGAUGUUUUUUGGCUUAAUAGCUAUUUUUUUCUGUUUGUUGUCUGUUUUUUUUGUAUGCUUACUUUUGUUUAUUUAAAAGAGAAAAAAAAAAAGAUUGUUGGCACAGACUUUUGCUUGAACGGCCACAUGGGCCAUAGGAUUGAGGAUCUGUCUUUCGUUUGUAUUUUUUUUCUUCCUUUGUUCUCCUUUUUUUUUUUUCGCUUUUGGGAUCUGGGCACAGACAAUUACCCGAGUUCCAAAAUUUGAGUGCCAUGAUUCACGCAGGAGUGAAACCACCAGGGGGACGUGAGGGGACAAAAAACCCGUAAAUAUUAAGUUGCACUAACUUAACUGUUUAAAGAGAAGAGCAUAAGGCUACCUUUCAUUUGGUUGUUCUCGUGCAUCGCUCCCCUAAAUGUGUUUUUUUAAAAAGCAACUAAGCAUUUUGCGUUUCUUUUUCUCUUCUUUCUGUUAUCUAUUAAAAAUACAGAGGGGAUAGAGAACUUUGAUCCAGCCUAAAUCUAUACACAACUGAACUGCAAAAUGGCACUUAAGGGGUUAAUGAAAUCUGUUCAAAUGUCCAUUUCUCUUUCCUCUGAACAACUGAAUUAUACUAGCACGGAGUCUUUUGGAUGGAAGUCAUGAUACACACACAUAUAUCGCUUUCAUCCUGUCAAGUAGCACUUUAUACUUCCUGUCACCUCAGAGUUGUCGUUGGGUCCAAGAGCAGGGGACUUGUGGGAAAUGUAGUCUUAUGCACACCCAUUCACUCACUGUCAUGAGUGUGCAUCUCCCCCACCACUAUCCAGUAGAUUAUACACAAAUCUUUUUCAGUUUUGUCCACCUAUUACUUUCCGUUAGGCAGUCCUCUUGCUUACUUGUGUUGCGUUAAGUGAUCAUCUAGAGAGGUGUAUGAAAGAUGGCUAUUACCUGUGUAAGGUUUGAUCGAGGGACUGUGCCCCGAAAUGGUGUCACCACAAAUCGUGCAUCAGACACAUUCCCUUGUUGCUUUUCUGUCUGUCUGUCUGUAGUCUGUAGAUUAUUUGUCAUUUUUAGCAUUGCACCCGGAAAGAACCAUCUAGAGACACAGACGGGGGGGAAAAAAGCAACAAAACUGAAAAGACCAACAUACUUGUUUAUGAUUGUUAAGACUAGGUGAUUAUUGUGGACCCAAGGCUGGAUGGUGUGGAUAUGUGACCUAAUGAUUAGAGAAGGACAAAUCUGAGUUGACUCGAAAAAGGAACAAGAAUAUUUCAAAGAACAAACAUUUACCCAGAACACAUACAAUGAAAGUUAUGUGUGUCCCAUCCAAUGCCAAGAGAAAGUGUGUGUGUGUGUGUGUGUGUGUGUGUGUGUGUUUUUCCCCCCUCUGUCUUGAGUUUGUCUGACUUGUUUCUAUUGUUUGUUUUUCAUAGUCCCGCAUAUGCCCAUGUCUAUCAACCACAUUCAGAAUGCUUUCAGACGCGCUGAUUGUUUUUGAUCUGUACUUUGAGAACCACUGGUCUUGGGCUUCCAAUCGAUAAAAAAAGGCCCACAGAAAAAAAAAAAAGUUUUAUCAAAGCUGAAGGUAUUUAUUUUGUUAUGAAGUAUUUAUUUGUAUGUACAACCUUUUGAGACAAGUGUUUUUUCUCUUUCCCCUUUCUUCCCCUACCAAUGGCAAAGCCACUUUUGGUAUAUGGCUGUAGGCAUAGACAACAAUACAAGCUCCUGCAUUGUUUUAAAAAAAACAAAAAAUCCAUAUUUUGAUGAGUGAUGUUCCCAUUUUUUCCCCUUACCACCAUCAUUGACAAAAACACCGAUCAUCUUAUCCCCCACCUUUUUAAAAGUCAUACUUAGGAAAGCCUGGUUUUGCUCCGUAAACUGACUGACUCCUCAUUGGUUCUCCUUCCUGUCACUCAUUCUGAGCGCACAGUCUGAGUUUUUUUGUCUGUUUUGUGUGUUUCGCUGCUGCUCUGCGCUGCUACUGCUGCUGCUGUGGUCAGAUGUCCCAUGUGUAGCCCUCUGUCCGCCUUUUCGCACCCCGCUGCCCCAAGCCCACACACACGUACACACACACCUCUUUAAGUAUUUUACUCUAUACCUUAUUUAGAACGAGAACUAGCUCUCACGUAUGUUUGUCUUUUCUUCUUUCUUUUCCACAUUUAUCUUUCUUUUAUAUGUUCCCUCAUGGCUCUCUCCUCCCACUGUCGUAGCUUAGACCAGACGGGGAGUGUGUAAUUAUAAUUUUUUUCUUCCUACAAUUUUUUUUUAUGUUUGUCGACCCGAGAUGAUUGCAUGUUGUCGUCAUUGAUAGAAUUACGUGAGCAAAUUCCGUGCCUAAUGGUCAAGUUUGAGCAGACAUAGGAACCCACUUGCACUCAAAAAAGCCCCCACCUUCGUUGUGCCUCACUUUCAACGGUGCUUUUUUCAGUAGUUUGACUCUGUUUAUUUGUACGGUGCUGUAUAUAACUUGAAUAUAUUAUGCACAUAUCCUACCCAAUGGGUAGACAACCACAAGAGAACAUGUUAAUACUGUAAUAUAAUGUAUAGAUGAUAUUAAAAAGAAAAAUUUAACACGGUGGCAUCGAGUUUUGUGAAUGCCCUACAAUUGUGCUUUGUCUUUUUGUAAAAACAGAGUAAAGUUUGCAAAAAUAAUGCUACGAUAUGGUCACAUAAUGAAUACGAAAAAUACUUCUUAUAUUUUUUCCUAUACAGUAAAUGCAAAUCUGUUAUGUGAUGAAAACAAAUAUUCUGAUAUAAGGCAGUUGUACACAGGAUAAAUAGCUGCUGCUUUUGUUACUUCCAGAGAAUAAUUAUCGAUGCCAGCGCUUGCCAUUUAUUUAUUUGACCUUUUUUGUGACUGCUAGCUGUUUGGACUUGUAUUAACCACGCUCGAACUACAGCAAAAAGACAAAAAAAGAAGAAAAAAAAUAACACAAAAUCUAUGAAUGAAUUGUACCAUAGCUGAUGGAAUCUAAAAUCUUUAUAAAAAGGACAUGACAUGGGAUUGAGGAAGGACUUCUUGUGAGAUGGUGGACAAUAUCAUAAAUAGUUCCGAGGGCUGGUUUCACCCCUUUUUUGGGUCUUAAUGGAUUUUUGAACCAGCCCCUCCACAAAAAAGGGAUUUAGAUGAUGCAAGACAUACUACAGUAGUCAACAAGUUUUUAAAAUUUUUAUUUUCUAUUUUAUUUUACACAUAAUCAAGUCAUGUGUGAUGUGUAAACAAGCACUGCGAUUACCUUUUGUGCGAAUGAUCCACAGUCCAUUAUUGAUACUGUGCAUGCUGAUUUGUUCAUUUCCUCUGAAUCAUUUUUUUUUGUUUUGUUUUUUGUUGUUGCAACCUUUCAGCAUCAAAGGUUUCUUUUGUUAUCUUUUUUUCUAAUGCCAGGCUGUUGCAUUUCCUUUAUACAAGCUUGAAUGAACGACACAGGCUGUCUGAAUGGUGUGGUUCUUCUCUCAAUUCCAUGGAUCAAAAGAUUUUUUUUCCCGGAAACAAAAACAAACUGAAAGUCACAGUGCUGUGUUUUUAUCUAUUUGCCUUCAUCAUCAUCAUCAUCAUCAUUAUCACCACCAUCAUCAUCGGUCAUCAUCUCUCACCACAGGACUGUAUCCAACCUGGACUGAAAAUAAAAACAUGUCUGCUUUCUCUGCCAGAAGGAAACCAGUGACUGAGGAGCCACUGCAGUGUUCUUAUGCCUUUUAUUAUUAAUAUUGAUGAUUAUUAUUAUUAAUUAUUAUUUAAGCAAUUGUGAUGUCAUCCGUUUGCAGCCUGAGGUUUGUCACUGCAAUACUUUUACAGGAAAAGGUGACUUUAAAAAAAUACGAAAAAAAUGGAGAGAAAAAAAAUAAAACUGUUGCUCAAAGUACUGUUGUAGUCCUUCAUGAAACAAUUCCAUGCUUGUUCUUUCGCUGUGAUAAAAUGGCUAGAGAGCGAUUAAAGUUGGGGAAAAAAGAACUAUUA